AUGAAACCUUGGAAUAAAAAUAGAGCUAAUUCUUUAUUGUUAAAAGACUCAGUUGGAGCUGCUAAGCAAUCAAUAUACACUAUUCCUAAUGAUAUUUAUUUUGGUAAAGCAAUUGUUCAUGAUCUUGAAGGAGCAUAAUAAGGUAAUAUAUUAUUUCAAAAUAGUAACAUCAACUUGGUAUUAUCAUAAUCAUAGUGAAUAAAAUCCUCCUGAUAGAGAUUUUAUGAAAUUAAAUAAAAUGUGUAUUUCAAGUAAAUUGCAUGAUCAGAAAUAAUUUUAUCUGUUCAGAAAAAGUAACGAUGCAAAAGUGUUUAGAAGAAGAGGUUGCAGUUAAAUUGAAAUGAAUCUACCUGAUGAAAACUUUCGGUAUGGUAAACCCUAUUUACCUUAAUCUCCUAUGAAAAAUGUGUUAAGUGGCAGUUAUAUGAAUGAAGCUGAAUAAUUAAUGGAUAAAAAAUAUGAUGCAAUAUCAAAAUAUAAACAAUAAUAAAAUAAAAGACCUUCAACAGCAACUAAACAUACUAAAGCUAGUAAAUUAGCUUACUAAAGCUUAACUAAAUCUUUAAACAAAACACAGUAACCAUAAUUCAAAUUGAAAGAAUUUGAUAAAGUAGAACCUAAAACUAAAACAAGAUUUUGA